UCACCGCCCGCCCCUUCGCCUGUCAGGAUGAGGCGGCCCAGGGCCGGCGGAGGCGUCGGCUGAGGCUCCGCCGCUGCUUUCCCCGCUCCGGGUUCUGACGUAGCGGACCCGGCCUCGGCGUGACGGGGACCAGCCGCAUCGGCCAUGGCCCAGCCCGGGGCUGCUGCUGCUGCCGCCGCCUCCGCCGCGGCGUCCGAGUCUGCAGACGCACUCCUGCAACGGGUGGCAGAACUGGAAAAAGUGAAUGCCGAAUUUCUGCGCACAAAGCAGCAACUUGAGCAAGAAUUUAACCAAAAGCGGGCAAAAUUUAAAGAGCUAUACCUGGCGAAGGAAGAGGAUCUGAAAAGGCAAAAUGUAGUUUUGCAGGCGGCCCAGGACGACCUGGGGCAGCUGCGGACACAGCUCAUGGAAGCCCAGGCUGAAAUGGAGAACAUUAAAGCCGUUGCUACGGUGUCGGAAAACACAAAGCAGGAAGCUAUCGAUGAGGUGAAGAAGCAGUGGCAGGAAGAGGUUGCUUCGCUGCAGGCUAUAAUGAAAGACACUGUCCGUGACUAUGAACGCCAGUUUCAUCACAGGCUGGAGAAGGAGCGAGCUCAGUGGAACCAGUACCGGGAAAACGUGGAACGAGAAAUAGCCGAGCUGAGGAGAAGGCUUUCAGAAGGCCAGGAAGAGGAGAAUCUUGAAAACGAAAUGAAGAAGGCCCAAGAAGAUGCCGAGAAGCUUCGUUCGGUAGUGAUGCCCAUGGAGAAAGAGAUCGCAAUGUUAAAGGAGAAACUGACAGAGGCGGAAGAAAAGAUUAAGGAACUGGAGGCCUCCAAGGUUAAGGAACUGAAUCAUUAUUUGGAAGCUGAGAAAUCCUGUAGGACUGAUCUAGAAAUGUACGUGGCUGUUUUAAACACUCAAAAGUCUGUUCUACAGGAAGAUGCAGAAAAAUUACGGAAGGAACUUCAUGAAGUCUGUCACCUGCUCGAACAAGAAAGGCAACAGCACAACCAGUUGAAACACACGUGGCAAAAAGCCAACGACCAGUUCUUGGAGUCCCAGCGCUUGCUGAUGAGGGACAUGCAACGGAUGGAAAUUGUGUUGACUUCGGAACAGCUCCGCCAAGUUGAAGAACUAAAGAAGAAAGAUCAGGAAGACGAAGAACAACGAAGACUUCGUAAAAGGAAGGAAGACAAACAGAAAGGCACCAAUGAUGAAUCAAAAGCUGUGUGUUCCAUAGCCCAUGACGAAUCCCUCCCACAGUUUCCUGGCGAAGAGGAGCAUGUAAAUAGCACUCAUGGCUCAGUUCACUCGCUUGACACAGAUGCGCUGCUGUCCUCGGGAGAAUCCCUCAAGUCGGACAACGAUAUGUUUAAAGAAGGCUUGCGGAGGGCCCAGUCGACGGACAGCUUGGGGGUGUCUGGGUCCUUGCAGUCCAAAACGCUAGGCUACAACAACAAAGCCAAAUCCGCCGGGAACCUUGACGAAUCUGACUUUGGGCCUCUGGUUGGGGCGGACUCCGUGUCCGAGAACUUUGACACGGCUUCCCUCGGCUCUCUGCAAAUGCCCAGCGGGUUUAUGUUAACCAAAGACCAGGAGAAAGCGAUCAAAGCGAUGACGCCGGAGCAGGAAGAGACAGCCUCCCUUCUCUCCAGCAUUACGCAGAGUGUAGAAAGUGCUUACGUCUCCCCUAGCGGUUACCGCUUAGUUAGUGAAAUGGAGUGGAAUCUCCUUCAGAAAGAGGUGCAAAACGCAGGGAACAAGCUGGGCAGGCGCUGUGACAUGUGCUCCAAUUAUGAAAAGCAACUGCAAGGAAUCCAGAUCCAGGAGGCCGAGAUGAGGGAUCAGGUGAAGAAGCUCCAGAUGAUGCUGAGACAGGCCAACGAUCAGCUAGAAAAAACGAUGCAGGAGAAACAGGAGCUGGAGGAACGCCUGAAGCAAAGCACCGAGGAGUCAGAAAGUCAGAUCUCUUUACUGAUCGUCAGAGCUCAGGAGUCUGAGACUUUACUUGGCGAAUUGCAGCAGUCGUUUUCUCAAGCUAAGCGAGAUGUCCAGGACCAAAUGGCGGUCCUGAUGCAGUCCCGGGAGCGUGUCUCCGAGGAGUUGGUGAGGCUCCAGAAAGACAACGAGAGCCUUCAAGGGAAACAUUGCCUGCAUAUCUCUUUGCAACAGGCCGAAGAUUUCAUUCUUCCAGAAUCCAGUGAGGAACUCCGUGAGCUGGUCCUCAAGUACCGCGAAGAUAUCAUUAGUGUACGGACGGCAGCCGAUCACCUCGAAGAAAAACUGAAGGCAGAAAUUUUAUUCCUGAAAGAACAGAUUCAAGCCGAACAGUGUUUUAAAGAGAACAUAGAAGAGACGUUGCAGCUGGAAAUAGAGAACUGCAAAGAGGAGAUAGCUGCUGCUUCCAGUCUAAAAGCAGAACUGGAGAGGCUAAAAGUGGAAAAGGAACAGUUGGAGUUCACCUUGCAAGAAAAGACACAGCAGCUAGAAAGCUUGCAAGAAAGGAGAAAUCAACUUGAGGAGCAGUUGAAGAAGGAAUUAGCUGCAAAGGCUAACCUGGAGCAGGUGAUGUUCGAAGAUAAAAAUAAAGCUCAACGACUGCAGACGGAGCUGGAUGUCAGCGAACAAGUGCAGAGAGACUUUGUGAAGCUUUCUCAGACCCUUCAGGUCCAAUUGGAACGGAUCCGGCAAGCAGAUUCCCUGGAGAGAAUCCGAGCGAUCCUGAAUGACACAAAACUGACAGACAUUAAUCAGCUGCCUGAAACAUGACACUCUCGAGAGCAGGGCUCUAAGGCUGCAUUUUGUGGGGUUUUUUUUUUUAAAAAAAGAAAAACCCUCAUCUUUAUAGCAAAACAUUAACUAUUAUUUAACUCUAACUGAAAGAGUGGAAGAGGACCGUGGGAUAGCUGUGGCCCGGGCGUUAUUUCUGGAAGGGAGGUUUAGCAUGGAGGUGAGAAAUUACCAUAGAGACGUGUGCAGGAGGCUGGAUGGAGGGUGUCAGCCUUCAGCCAGGUCAGAUUCGAAGUAAUCGCCACAUCCUCCCCCUUCCCUUGACCUAACACACUUCUCUUUCUCUCCUGCUCUUCCCCCUGCCCAGUUAAAAACAAUUACUAUGGUGGAAGUCCCUGCCGGAGCCCCUGUUUCCCUCUGUCCCUUUAAAAUACACGAGAAGCUGCUAAAGAUUCCUCUUCUCUGCGUCCCACCUCACCCCCACCCCACCCACCCACACACAUCAAAUGAUCGGUCACACAGUAUUUAGCAAGAUGGCAAAAGAAUGGGAUAUAGUAUGCUGCACGGAUAUUUUAUAUUAAAAUAUGAAUUUAUUUGCAGAGGACUGGAGAUUGGGUGGGUUCUCAGCUCAGCUCUUGUUUUGUACCUGGUGUUGUUUGGAAGAGCGUAGCUGCCACUGAAAAUAGAACGGAGGAGAAGGGUGCAGAUUGCUGAGAGAACUGAAUUCCUAAAGAGAAACCAGCGGCAGAUCAGGAGAAUGAUCCGCAGACCUGCUUUUUUGUAAAACAGGAGAUGCACGCUUAAAAAAAAGAUUGCAGACCUGUUUUUGGCAAGCGGCACCUUCCUUUCAGAGCUAGUAGCCAGCGACUCCUGGCUUACCUGAACUGAGCCAUCUGGCCCCGUGCCCACAGGUAUGUCUUUCUAGUCAUGUACCGGGUCGAAUUUAAAAAGUGUUUCCAUUUGCCCCAGCCGUGGGUUGCACAUUCUCGACCCCGCGAUUCUGAGCCCCAGUGAAAACUUCUGAUUCUAUAGGAUGUCCUCUUUUUUUGGCUGAGAGGUGUGAAAGAAUGGGUGGGUAGCCGUGGCCUACGACCAGUGCCUGUUGCGUUCCUAUCGCCCUCCCCAAACUAGCUGGACGGCACCUGCGCAUUGGUGUUGGGGGGCUUUUUACAAAGAGGGAACUGUGGCUGUUAAAACACUGCUCUGCAUUUUGCCCCCUCCUUUCACUUUUCCUGCCCACCCCGAAGCCCAGCCGUGUCUGUGAAACUGAUUUCCUGAAGACAGAGAUUAGUGUAGUGUAGCUUGUGGGGCCUCCCUUGUAAAUCAUGUUGAGGAUCUGGGUCCUUGCCCAAGAAACUGUUGAACUAAAUUCCACUUUGUAUGUCUUAUUAAUAUGAACAGGAGAACCAUCUUUGUACACCCAUACUUUGCAAGGGGCCUUGAUCUAGCUGGAUUUUCUUGGGCCAGACGUAUGCUUUUCUACAGGGGAAAUCCUCUAGGUGGGCUUUUUUGGGGGAGGGGAUAGGGGAAUGUUUCUCGCUAGCAUUCAGCCUGGUAUGACCCCCAAUAUUGCAAGUAAUCACUACAGAAUGAAUUGGGAUCAGAUUGCUGGAACCCACCCUCCCCUUGUAGUCGCUAGCGGAGGGGGAAUAUAGCAAUAACCAUAAAAUGAAAAUAACAAGGUUAGGAAAUCUGUCGUCAUGAAAAACACUAGGGUAGUUCACUCAUAUUAGGACUGGAAAACUAUGAACUUACUCUAGUCGAUUGCUUCAACAAGUUUCUUUUGAACCCUCAAUUACUGGGGUGGGGUUUUACCUAGUGAAUUUCCAGUCAAAUAUGUUGGAGGCUGACUUUAGUCCCCACCCCACCUUCCUUUUGACACUGCUAGAUCAUUGAAUUUCAGGAUGAGCAAAGGAUGGGUGUUUCAACUCCGGAGUCCCUCUCUUAGAAUGAAAUGCCAGCUUUAUUUAAUCACUUGCGGCUAAGUUGCGUGAGUUUUAUUAGUAGGUAACUGGCGAUGCAGAAUACUGUGCGAACAAACCACAACUUAUGAAUACUGGAAUGAUUACUGUGGUGUUGAGGUUUCCAGUUACUGCUUAGUGCCUAAAUUCUUGUCCUUUCUAAUCCGAAACCCCAGCACAAGGGUGAUGGAUUGAGACUGGACACAGGAGCAGAGCUAGCUUGAAAAGCUUUUUGGUUGGGGGAGGGAUGUCUUUAUUCUGGUAACAGGGCCUGACAACAUCACAAAACCAGGAGCCUGGAAUCCUAGGCUGAUUAUAGAUAUACAGGCCGUAGAGCACAGGUGUCAAACUCGGAGUCAUGGACUACAUCUGGAGGACUGCGAGUUUGACACCUAUUCCAUAGAGCAUUCACAGCUGUUCCAAAAGGGGAAUACUCUAUUUUGUCUUUGGCAUCAUGCAUCCUCGAAGUGUAACACGGGCUUAUUUUAAUUAUGGACUUAAGUCAUACUUCCAGAAAAAAGAAAUGUAAAAAGUGUGUGUGUCGGGGGGGAGAUGAUGCUCCUCUCAUCCUGGAAGGUCUCCGCUUCUACCAAUAUAUAUUUUUAAAAAAAACCUGGCUGAUUUUGUACCAUCCAGCCUUACUGCUCCUGCACUGACUGUAACUACCGCAACUAGGGUAAAAACACAGCGACCCUUCCUGAUCAAGAACCGUGGGCCUGCGUGCAGAACGUAGGGGAGGGGAAAGCCUGCGAGUUUUAACUCUGUUCUGUAUACUUGUACAGUCGACAUGUGCAAAAAAAGAAGAAGAAAAAUCUUCCAGCAUGUCUGUGACCGUGUUAUUGCUAACGGUUAACUGUAACCCCCCCCCCCUUAACUUCAGCGGCAUAAAACUGUGGUCUGCCUAUACCUUCUUUGGAGAGGAGAAAUCCACCUAUAAUUAUAGUCCCUUUUAGGUUUGUAUGGGAUUCACCCCUCCCCCCCCAAAAAACACAAUAAUUUAAAAAAAUCGGUUAGCCUGUUAACAUUCCAAACCCAAGCGUUUGGAAUCAAUACUGCAUUCCAAUGAGCCAAGCCGCUGGUGUCCUGUGAAACUGUGGAUGUAGAACUCUCCUGUCUACUGAAUUCAAAAAUGUAACCAUUUGUUAACUGUAUUGGAGGUAUAUCCUUAAGAAAGUGUUCCAAAUUAAAGGAGGAAAAAAGCAAAA